AUGUCUAAAAAUUGGUGGUCGAAUGACAGGCGGCCCAAAUUUGUUGAGUUGAGGUCGUCAAGAUGGUUCAUCAUGUUUGCGGUCUCGUUUGCUGCAGGUACAGACGUCUUUCUGUAUGGACUGAUCGUCCCGGUAACACCAACGGCACUGAAAGAUAGAGUGGGACUGUCAGAGGACAGCAUACAAGGAUGGACUUCUAUCCUUCUCGCUCUGUAUGCUGCAGCUUUACUGGCAACCGCUCCAGUGGUUGGGUAUAUCGCGGAUCGAGCAGAGUCGCGAAGAUGGCCACUUCUGAUCGGCCUGGUGGCCCUUGGCGCAGCGACAGCCUUGCUGUGCGUUGGAACCCAUAUGGCACUCUGGGUUGUUGGACGUAUCUUCCAAGGCGCUGCCGCCGCGAUAGUUUGGACUGCCGGGCUUGCGUUGAUGGUUGACACAGUCGGCCAGGAUGGCCUUGGCCAAGCCAUCGGGUAUGUUUCCAUGGCCAUCAGCGUGGGAACAUUAGGCGGUCCCCUUCUCGGAGGUGUCGUCUACCAGAGUGGUGGAUAUUACGCCGUUUUUGGUCUUGCCUUCGCCCUCAUCGGAUUGGACAUUGUCUUCCGAUUGCUGCUGAUUGAGAAACGACAUGCCAUGAAAUGGCUGGUGCCAGAGUUGAGACCUUCAACAGAAUACAAAUCAGUGGAAUCGGAAUCGAUAGCGACAGCAGUACCCCCGACACCGAGCACUGCAUCAGACUCACAAGGACCUUUAAAGCCCCCUCCUUCGCCGGGUGGUUUGACCCGCCUUGUUACCCUGCUGGGCUCCCCCCGCCUCGUCGUCUCUCUGUGGGGAUACUUCGUUAUCUCACUCGUCCUGGGCUCCUUCGAUAGUGUGCUGCCACUCUUUGUCAAGGAGACAUUUGGAUGGCAGCAAAGCGGUCAAGGACUCAUUUUCAUUCCGCUCUUGGUGCCUCACAUCACAGAUCCGCUUACCGGGUGGAUGCUCGACAAUUUCCCCAAGUCUUGUCGCUAUAUCACCUCGACUGCUUUUGUUUGCAUUGUCCCUGUGUUGGUGCUCCUUCGCAUGGUGACGGAAAAUUCGAUGCAGCAGAAAGUUCUCCUCUGUGCUCUCCUCUCCCUGGCGGGCCUCUGUUUAGCUGUGGCCAUGCCACCUCUCAUUGCUGAGACCUUCCACGCCGUCAAGGAAAAAGAAGAUGAAACCCCCGGUAUCUUUGGGCGUGGCGGAGCCAUGGCUCUUGCGUUCGGACUUGUGAACAUGGGCUUCGCUGCUGGUACCCUCAUCGGCCCGUUCUUCGCAGGCUUUAUUCGACAGAGCGCAGGGUGGGGAACUAUGGGCUGGGCGUUGGCACUGGUCGCUGGCAUUUCAUCUGUUCCAAUCCUGUUGUUCUUGGGCGGGUGGAUCUUGAGGCCGGUCGAACCGAGCGAGACUGCCACGGACAAUGCUGUACCUUGA